UUAAAAGCCGAAAACUGGAAAAAGGUUGAGAAGAAAAAAAGUCAAAGAAACAACAAAAAAGAAAAGGUAAAUAAAUCCCACAAGCAACAACGUACCAGAUUCUUAUGUAAUUGUCUGAUUAAGAGUUUGGUUAAAUUAAUUAAAAAAAAAAGUCUAAAAAGAGCAAUAGAGGUUAAUGGUAGUAGUAUAAACAAAGUGGAGGGGGUUAUAGUAGGAAGGAAAACCAAAGAUUCUGGAGAGAGAAAGAGAGUGAGAGGAGAAAAUAGAGAAGGGUAGCUGAAGUUGUCUUUUUGGGUUGGUUUCUUCUAGGACUUUGCUUUUUGGCUUUUGGGUUUCUUUUCAGCUUUCUGUGAAAGGGGCUUCCAUGGAGAAACUCAAACAUAACUUGAGGGUUACACAGUAAUGCUAGAAACAUGGGGAAAAAAGGCAGUUGGUUUAAUGCCCUCAAAAGGGUUUUUACGUGCAACUCCAAGAAGAAGUCUGCCCAUGGAUCAGCAAAGAAAACUGCUAAGGAAAAGAAGAAGGGUCGUAGAAUACUGAGGCAUGGAGAGAUCAAAUCAUUCCUCUUCAGAGAACCAAGCAGUAUUGAGAAAAUACUGGGGGAAGUUGAUGAUCAGAAACUACUUGUUAGGCCUCCUACUUCUGAACAGUCUGGUGGUCCAUCUGCAUUCCCUGUGACACCAACUUCUCCAAGAAUCAGUUCACCUAGAGCUGCAUCUCCUCAGACAUCAUAUAGGGCUACAUCUCCUGGUGCCACUUCUCCAAGGAUCUCCUCUCCGAGGGCUGCUUCUCCAAAGGUCAUCUCUCCUAAGGCAGCUUCUCCAAAAGUGAGCUCUCCCAGGGAAGCUUCUCCAAGUGCUACCUCUCCUAGGGAAGCUUCUCCAAAGGCUAUCUCUCCUAGGGAAGCUCCUCCAAAGGUUAACUCUGCUAGUGCUCCUUCUCUAAAGGCUAUCUCUCCUAGGGCAGCUUCUCCAAGGGUCUCUUCCCCUAGAUCUACUUAUUAUGAGCUGAGUAGGAACCACAAUGAGAUUAGCUAUGCCAACUGGCCAGAACCAACUUUAACGCUCCACCUUUCAGCAACCAAGAUACAGGCGGCCUACAGAAGUUAUAUGACAAGGAGGGGUUUCAGAUCUUUGAAGGGUUUAGCAAGACUUCAAGGAGUGGUCAGAAGCAGAAGUGUAAAGCGACAGACAGUAAAUGCCAUGAAACAAAUGCAGCUUCUAAGUAGGGUUCAAAUGCAAAUUCAGUCAAGGAGGACUCAGAGGUUCCAGGCACUCCAUAGUCAAGCUUACAUGAAUGAUAAAGAAGUUGAGAGCACUCUAAGCAAAUGGGCUCCGCUUACUGAGGCAGGUAACCAUGAUAAUUGGGAUAAUAGUAUGCUAACUAAAGAUGAGGUUGAAGCAAGGCGGCGGGAAAAAGUGGAGGCAGGCAUCAAGAGGGAGAGAGCAAUGGCCUAUGCAUAUUCUCACCAGGUGCGGAGAAGCAACCCCAAAUCAGCUAUGGACAUCCGAGCCAGUGGAAUUCCUUGGUGGUGGAACUGGUUAGACCGCCAGCUACUUCCAGGAAAUGAUUCUGAGAGCCAAUCUGCUGCAAAAGACGUCCAUCUAACACCAUCAAGUGCAAUAUCAGAACACAAGCCAAGCCCAUGGCGUCCAAGUCAUAAUUUCAGACACCUCCAUUUGGAUUAUGACAGUCAUGAAUCAGUUACACCUAGGUCAACUAAGUCUGCAGUUCCAUUAAGGGGCAAACUAAUGCAUACUCCCAGAAGAACAUCAUCACCAAUGAGCAGCUCGAGCAUAUCAAAGUACUCUAGGCGCCGUGCUAGUGCUGCUGAUUCCCCUUUCAAUCAUUCCUUGAAGGAUGACGACAGCCUCAUAAGCUGUCCGCCUUUUUCAGGUCCAAGUUACAUGUCACCAACCAUCUCAGCCAAAGCUAAGUUCAGAGGAAAAACCAUUCUUGAGGAGAGAAACAUAGGUACCCCAUCAAACAGCUCAAGGAGGAGGUUAUCGUUUCCUUUGACUCCAAGUAGUACCGGGUCCGUCAAGUGGAACAAAGGGUCUUCUGUAAAGGAUCAUGACUCUAUGGGAGAUCAUAUGAGUGUGCAUUCUAAUGUUUCGACACCAAGUACUAUAGUUGGGAGGAAACCAUUUAACAGAUUUGUGUGAUUAUUCCAUCUAUAUUUAGCUCUGAAGGUACCUGUGUUUCUUUUCUUUUUGAUGUGUAUUUAGUGGUGUAUGUUGUUAACAGAACCCUAAUGUAAAAUAAUUGUGUGCACAUUCUCUUGUAUGAAGGGCGAGAUCAAAAUCUGUUUUAUCACAUGACUGUUAUUGCUUUUGAGAUUUGGAGUCUGGGAGGGGAAAUUAGGCCAUAAAUGGAAUGUAUAUUGGACUUCGUAGUGAUUGAAGAAAGGAUCAAUGGUAUGUAUUUAAGUUAGAGCUCCCUCUUCUGGUGCUCUUUUAUGAUCUUCUUUAUUAUUAUUAUUACUAGUUUAGCCAA